AAUACUGUAAAAUAUGGAAAAAGAAAUUCCAAAAUAGAUAUGAACCAAAUCGUUAGAACAGUCAGAAUUUCGAGUCCAGGUUGUGCUAGAUCUCGACUAACACUACACUGAAAUGAUCAUUUAUUUCAGUUUUCUGAUAAAACUACGUCGUUGUGUGUCUAGAUCUGCCUCUCAAUUUUCUUCUUCUUCUUCUUGCUGAACCCGUCCCUCCUCUCUCCCCUCUAUUGACGCUUCCUCUUUCUGCCGUACUUCUACCGGCGGUGUCCGCCUCCCUCUCUUUCAUUCUUUUCAACCCCCCCCCCCCCGCCUUCAUUUGUUUUAAUCCGACGCCGUUCCAGCAUCCCUCUCUCUAUUUCCCUGCAGAUUCCUCUCGCUCUCAUCAUCGUAUAGUAGAGGAAUUGAGAUAAUCGAAAUCUGACUUGGACUUGGAUUCCUAUUAAAGGGUGAAAAUGCCGGAUCAAAUCCCAUCUCCAGCCCCUAGAUCCGCCACGGAUCUCUUCUCUGACCCGCUCGACUCUCACCCGAUGUGGUUCAAGCCCUCUCUCUUCCUUUCACCUGACUUCGACUCAGAAUCCUACAUUGCGGAGCUCCGAACCUUUGUCCCUUUUGACACCCUCCGAUCUGAGCUCCAGGCUCAUCUCUCGUCUCUCAACCAUGAACUAAUUGAUCUCAUCAACCGUGAUUACGCCGACUUUGUAAACCUCUCCACCAAACUGGUUGAUGUGGACUCUGCGGUGCUUCGUAUGCGUGCUCCGCUUCUUGAACUCCGUGACAAGAUCCAAGGCUUUAGGGGAGCUGUUGAGGGCUCGCUUACUUCUUUGAAGAAUGGACUGAGCCAACGAGCAGAGGCUGCUGCUGCCAGAGAGGUGCUGGAGUUGCUGCUGGACACUUUUCAUGUUGUUUCUAAGGUUGAAAAGCUUAUAAAGGAGCUUCCUAGUGUGUCUUCGGAUUGGUCAAAUGGGGAUGUCAAUUCAAUGCAAAAGAGUAAUGCUUUGAGCUCACAACAUGUUGAGAAUGGAACAACAAAUCUCAGAGAGACCCAAAGCAUGCUUCUGGAGAGAAUUGCCAGCGAGAUGAAUCGCCUCAACUUUUAUAUUGCUCAUGCACAGAACCUGCCUUUUAUUCAGAAUAUUGAAAAGAGGAUUCAGAGUGCUAGCCAACUAUUAAAUGCAAGCUUGGGACACUGUUUUGUUGAUGGGCUGGAACACAGGGAUGUCAAUGCAAUUUAUAAUUGCUUACGUGCUUAUGCUGCUGUUGAUAACAAUGGUAAUGCAGAAGAAAUUUUUCGCACGACCAUCGUGGCUCCAUUUAUACAAAAUGUUAUCCCACAUGGAUCCUCUGGGGGAGUUGUUGCGGCAUCUGGGGAUGAACUUGAGAAUGAUUAUCUGCAAAUUAAGAAACAUGUUAAGAAUGAUUUCAAAUUCUUACUGGAAGUUGCUUCUGCAGAAAAUUCAGGAUUACAUGUAUUUGACUUCCUGGCAAAUUCAAUUCUGAAAGAGGUCCUUGAAGCCAUCCAAAAGGGAAAACCUGGUGCUUUUUCUCCAGGAAGACCUAAAGAAUUCCUCAAAAACUACAAAGCAAGCCUAGAUUUCUUGGCCUAUAUUGAAGGCUAUUGCCCAACUAGUGCUGCUGUUGCCCGAUUUCGAGCCGCACCUUCUUAUGUUGAGUUCAUGAAGCAGUGGAAUGUUGGUGUUUAUUUCUCGUUAAGGUUUCAAGAAAUAGCUGGUGCACUGGACUCUGCACUUACAGCCCCCGGUCUUGUUCUUGUCCAGAAUUCAGAUUCUGGUGAAGAAUAUUCCCUGAACCUAACGCUUAAACAAAGUGUUACCCUCUUGGAUAGCUUGAGAUCCUGCUGGAAUGAAGAAGUUCUUGUCCUUUCUUGUUCUGACAAGUUUCUUCGCUUGUCCCUGCAGCUGCUCUCAAGAUACUCAAAUUGGUUGUCUUCUGGAUUGGCUGCUCGGAAGAAGGGUAGUGCUGGCUCCAACCCUGGAUGUGAGUGGGCUCUUUCAGCUGCUCCAGACGAUUUUGUUUAUGUUAUUCAUGACAUAAAUUGUCUGGGCAAGGAAAUUUCUGGUGCUUACCUGGAUCAUGUACUUAGAGUUCUAUCUUCAUGUUCCACUGAAGUCCUUGACCUUGUAAAGCAGAGCAUUUUGCACUGUGGAAAAUCAUUGGAUGAUUUGUUACCCUUAGUUAUCAGCACAAUUAAAGAGGCUUUAGUUCAGAAGUCUGUUGAGGACUUGAGACAGCUGAAAGGAAUAACUGCAACUUACAGGAUGACAAACAAACCUCUUCCUGUCAGGCAUUCGCCUUAUGUAGCAGGGGUAUUGCGCCCAUUGAAGACUUUCUUGGAUGGUGAACAAGCUACAAAGUAUUUGACCAACGAUGCGAGGAAUAGUCUACUGCUAGGUGCUGCAACAGACAUAACUAUUCGCUAUUAUGAAUUAGCUGCUGACCUCGUCAGUGUGGCAAGGAAGACAGAGUCAUCACUUCAAAGAAUAAGACAAGGCGCACAAAGACGAGCUGGGGCAAGCUCAGAUGUCUUGGAUCAUAAUGUGUCUGAUACUGACAAAAUUUGCAUGCAAUUGUUUCUUGAUAUUCAGGAGUAUGGGCGGAACCUUGCUGUCUUGGGAGUGGAAGCUGCUGAUAUUGAUGCAUACCGAUCCUUAUGGCAGUGCGUUGCACCUGCUGAUAGGCAGGAUGAGAUCAAGUUUUAAAAUCAGUAUCGCAUUGCAUCUGGUUCUUUCACAUGGAAACUUCUUCAAGCUUCAGAAUAUAUUCUUCAGCAACAAGAGUUCAAUUUUAUUCACAGGCGAGACCAAAAGUCGUAGUAGCUUAAUUCCAUUAAAAGAAGAAGUUACAGUAUUUCAAGAGAAAUGGAGAAAUUGCAGAGCACUUGCACCUUCAUUGCCCCUAAUUUCCUGUCUAUGUUGAUUUCUUUAUUAUUUUUCUUGAUAACAGAAUAUUUACUGCAAGCGUUAAAAUUUGUAUCCCAUCUAAGUGUAUGAAAAUUUUGAUUCUUUUUCCUUGAAUAAGCGUAGUCGAUCAAAUGAGUUUUUAUCUAA